CAGCGAUAUGUACGGGUCUCAAGCUCUCCCUCUACCUUCGAGAUACCAUAUCACAGUCCUAAUAAUAUACUUAAAUGUACCGGAUUUUCCAGGCCUUCAAGGUUUCUGCCUCGUUAUCGCAUUGGCAGAUUUCCUCCAACGCGGCUGGGCAUUCUGAUGUUCAAAUCUGCCUCGAAUAGUCACGUGUUAUGCACCUCUCACACAGCCCCCAAACUGCGUGGGCUGGCCUUGGUCAGCCUUUUAAACCUUCGCAACUUCAUCUCUUUUCUUUUCUCGCAAUCGCCCCAAGAUCGUGCCCAAGUAGUAAAUAAUACGUCCAACUAGUUGUCCUCGAGCUAUUCUCGUCCAGUUUUGAUUCCAUAGAAAGACGGCAUUGCAACUUUUUCUGAUCUAGAUCAGGCUAUUAUAAGCUUCCAUUAUGUCACCUAACAAGAGCAAACACCGCCGGCGCGGUCGCAGCAAACAUCACAGCACCGACCGUCAUGGCAGCAGCACCAGUCAACGUGAAGGCAAGCCGCAAGAGACAUCCCAGUGGUUCUGGUUCUGCCAUAUAUGUGGUGACGGCCCCAUGUCCACCGAAAUCGUUCCCGCCUGCCCACAGGCCAACUGUGCCCACUGGCGCUGCGAAGACUGCCCCAAGGAGUUGCAUAAACCCCUUCCCGAAGGAAGGCGUCGGCCGUCGACACCGGCGGGGCCAGACAUCCCAUUGAACUCCGCAGCCCCCGAUUCGAAAGACCAGCCUGUUGUCGUUGAAUUGAACCAGGAUACAAGGCCACCGCUAGAACGGAAGGCUAAUGGGUCACAACAACGACCAGAUGUGCUGCCUAUUGACGGAGAUGAUCAUAUCGACAGUGGCAGCAACUUCACUGAGGCUCAAGGAAAGGAUGCAGAGUCGCAACCACCCUUGGACAAUGAGGAAGAGAAGCGAAAAGUACGGCCCGAAGCUGAACUGCCUCUUCAUGAGCGGACUCGACAGCAAGACGACGAAAUCCGUGAUCCGCUGGAUGUUCCGACUGUAUCGGACAGGAAACGUUGGGCUGGUUUCGAUAUUGAAGAGGGUCAUGGGAAUGACGAGGACGAGGACGAGGACGGUGGCCAAGUCGAUAAUUCGAAUGAACCCAUCUUCUACGAACAAUUUCCAUCUUCAGAUGUACUAAAUGGGUGGCUUCUACCUAGCUUCAGCCAAAAGAUUCGAGAUUUGCUUCUACCAGAGCCAACGAUACCCGCCGGUAUGUCGCGGGUAAGGUGGAAAUGUCCGUGCGGAGAAAUUUUGUAUGAUGACUAUCAAGAACUCAAACCUGGCGGAGCGAAACGGAUGGAAGAAUAUCUGAGACGUUCCUCUUACGAAAAGUGUGCUGGAGGCGGCAGAAAUUUAACGCAGAGAAUUUCAAACGCAGGGAGCAGCUUGAAAGGCCUCAUCACUUCCAUCAGUCAGCGUGUCCAAACUUUGAAGAGCAGAGAACCGCGAGAACUUGUGAGCACUGAGCUUCGAUACUACUCCGAUGCGCGGACCACCCGAACUCCCGCUCACACAUCAGGAGAAGUGUUCUACCUGCUCCUCUGCCAUAAUUCAGGGAUUGGGGCAGAGAUGGUCAAGCUCCGACAACCCGACAUCUGCGAGAUCAACAACGACCAUAAGUUCUUCUCCUUUCUGCACGAAGAAUACAUCACAGUUCGAAAGCGCUGGUGGACCUGGAUAUCGCUCUGGACACUGCAAAGCAUCAAGUUUAUCAGGUUUGAGCUAUAUGAGAAUGAGCUGGUAGAUGUCAAGAAGCUGGAUGAAGUCCCACCACCAUCGAGAGACAAUGAAUACAGGCAUGGACCCCCAAAUCCACCCGAGGUCAUCCCACCCCUUGGCUCCAAUCUCCUUAUGCAUCUCUUCAAACACCCGGAACUAGCAGGAACAAGGAAACACUGCCUGAAAAAGAUUCCACGAAAACUUCGAAGUCGACUCGCUGUCAUCGAUGAAGAGGGCGAUGCGAUCGGGUGGGGUCUCCAGUUCAUCGAAGGCUGGAGCAAGAAGCGGUUGAUGUAUAUGACUGCUCUGACGUUCGGGUUGAGCAGUUUCGUUGUCAUGGUUUUGGUGUCGAUUUUGGGCCAUAAUAUCCAAAACGCGGCAGCGAUUGCGAGUUUUAUGUUGAGCUUUGUGACGAUUGGGAUUGCUACGGCGCAAGCUGCGUUGCAUAUGUCUUGAACGUAUGAUCCAUGAGAUGAAUAUAAAACGUAGAUGAGGCCGGGGAAAAUGCAUAUACAUCCACC